AUAAGCUGUUCCAAUUAAACGGCAAGACUAACCUAUUCCAAAGAGCCUUCUCUGUCUAUCUUGUGCACACACAUUACGCUAAUGGAAAGGCCAUACAUUUUCGUCCUGUUGGCUUUUCUGUUAAUGCAGCCAUGCGUACUUCAGUUGUCCCAAUCUUCCAACAACUUUACCGAUCAAUCAGCUCUCAUUGCCUUCAAAUCUCAAAUCACUUUUAGCCCAAACGAUUCUGUCUUUGCUGGUGGUAACUGGUCCACAACAACAAACUUCUGUGAGUGGUUUGGGGUCUCUUGCAGCCGACGCAGACAAAGAGUCACAGCCUUGAACCUUUCCUACGUGGGUCUCCAUGGCACCAUUUCCCCUCAUAUUGCCAACCUCUCCUUCCUAGUCUCACUUGAUCUUAAAAACAACAGCUUCAGUGGUUUUCUGCCACAUGAGAUUAGUCAUCUACACCGCUUGAGGAAACUUCACUUGUCAAACAACUUAUUGGAAGGUAGUAUCCCUCCAACUAUACAUAAUUGCCAGAAGCUUGAAUAUUUAUAUCUUUAUAACAACAAUUUUAGUGGUAGCAUUCCACAAGAUUUGGGCAUGUUAACAAAGCUUCGCGAAUUAAAUCUUAGUUUAAACAAUCUUGUGGGUACAAUUCCAUUGUCCCUCAGGAAUAUGUCGUCAUUAGAGAUCUUGAGUUUGAAAUCAAAUAGCCUUACUGGUCCAUUUCCUCUUCUCAUCUUUAACUUCUCGUUUCUAAUAGAUCUUGGUCUUACACAAAAUCACUUCUCAGGAACCCUUCCAAUGAAUCUUUGCACCCAGUGUCCUAAUCUUCUAGAACUAUAUAUUUCCCAAAAUGAAUUCAGCGGUAAGCUCACCUCACAGUUUAAUAACUGUACAGAGCUUUCUAUCUUAUCUCUGUCAUACAACAAGUUUGAUGGAAGUAUUCCAAAAGGUUUUGGGAGUUUAGAAAAGCUUGAAGUGCUAUAUCUUGGAGGUAACAACUUUACUGGAAAUAUACCUCCUAUCAUAAGCAACUUGUCGAUGUUACAAGAGUUUGGCAUCGAAAGAAACAACAUGAAAGGAGGCAUUCCAAGUGAUUUAUGGCGUCUCCAAAAUCUGAAAAUUUUGUUAUUUCAACGGAAUGGUCUCACUGGGACAAUACCCCAAAAUAUUUUCAACAUUACCUCUCUACAACUGCUCAGCUUGGUUGAAAAUUCCUUGUCUGGAAAUCUUCCAUUAGAUGCUUGGAUCUCUUGCCCUAAUCUUGAAAAUCUAUAUCUUGGUUUGAACAAAAUUAGUGGUCAUAUCCCAUCAUAUCUUUCAAAUUUUUCCAGCCUCUUCAAUGUAGAUUUUGCUUAUAACUUUCUCUCUGGACAUAUACCCAGAAAUCUUGGGAACUUAAAAAAUCUACAAUGGCUUGGUCUAAAUGACAAUCAGCUGACAGCGGAGCCUGGACAUCAAGAGCAUAGUUUCCUUUUAUCUUUAACUAAUUGCAGAUUUUUGGAGGAGCUAGAUUUAUCUGGCAAUAACUUGAAUAUUACAAUUCCAGAUGCCAUUGGAAAUUUUUCACUUUCGCUUAAAUACUUUGCUACAAGUGAAAACCAAAUAAGGGGUCAAAUUCCAAUGGGAAUUGGUUCCUUCAAAAACUUGAACUUUCUUGAUUUGUCGUUUAACAGUUUGACCGGAAACAUACCGUCCACACUCGGGGGAUUGGAGAAUUUGCAAAGAUUGUAUCUUGACGAGAACUUGAUUGAAGGAUCCAUUCCAGAAAAACUUUGUCAAUUAAAGAACCUGGGAGUAUUGUCGCUCUCUAUUAACAGUCUCUCAAGAUCCAUCCCAAAUUGCAUUGGAAACCUCAGUCUUUUGCAAGAAUUCAAUAUGAGUUAUAAUGCAUUGACAUCAUCAAUCCCAUUGAAUUUGUGGAGUCUUCAAAACCUGUUAUUCUUGGAUUUAUCAUCAAAUUUCCUCAACGGAAGUUUGUCUCCAAGCAUGACAAAAUUGCGCACUAUUGGAGUCAUGGACUUAUCCUGUAACCAAAUUACUGGAAAUAUUCCCAGUAUCAUUGGUGCUUUUGAGAGCCUAAGUUAUCUAAACAUGUCAAAGAACUCAUUCCAAGGAAACAUUCCACAUUCUUUUGGACAAUUGAGGGGAAUGGAGCAGCUAGAUCUCUCAAACAAUAAUCUAACUGGUGCUAUUCCAAAAUCUCUUGAGACACUUCCAUAUCUCAAGAAUUUGAAUUUGUCCUUCAAUAAGCUAUCGGGAGAGAUUCCAUCCACUGGACCUUUUGCAAACUUUAGCGCAGAAUCAUUUUUAGGUAAUGAAGCACUUUGUGGGAAUCCAAUUUUUGGAGUUCCACUUUGUACAAGUCCAACUUCUCCUGGAUCAAGGGUGAAACAAGUUUUGCUCAAAUAUAUUGUUCCUGCCAUUGCAUCAAUUAUAAUCUUUGCAGCACUGGUCAUAAUGCGAAGAAGACAUCCACAAUGUAACAUGCAGAUUCCAGGCUUGCCUAUCACAUUGCCUACAAUGGAUCAUAGAAUGAUAUCAUAUCAAGAGCUUUCUCGUGGAACAAACAACUUUUGUGAGAGCAACUUGCUUGGAACAGGAGGUUUUGGUUUAGUGUACAAAGGAAUACUAUCUGAUGGGACUAUCAUUGCUGUCAAAGUUCUACACCUGCAAUUGGAGGGUGCUUUCAAAAGUUUUGAUGCUGAAUGCAAGGUGUUAAGGGCAAUCCGACAUAGGAAUCUUGUUAAAGUCAUUAGUACAUGCUCCAACCUUGAGUUUAGAGCUUUGGUGCUUCAAUACAUGUCAAAUGGUAGCCUUGAAAAGUGGUUAUACUCUCAUAACAACUGCUUGAAUCUUGUCCAAAGAGUAAGCAUUAUAGUUGAUGUUGCAUUAGCGUUGGAAUAUCUCCACAGUGGUCAAUCAGAAUCUGUGGUACAUUGUGAUUUGAAGCCUUCCAAUAUUCUUUUGGAUGGGGACAUGGUUGCACAUGUUAGUGAUUUUGGCAUUGCAAAGAUUUUAGCCCUGAACAGGGACGCAACACAAACCAAAACCCUCGGUACACUUGGCUACAUUGCCCCAGAGUAUGGCUCAGAAGGGAGAGUGUCAACCAAAGGUGACAUUUAUAGCUAUGGAAUAAUAUUGUUGGAGAUCAUCACAAGAAAGAAACCCACUGAUGAAAUGUUUGUUGGAGAACUAGCUAUGAGGCAAUGGAUUGCAUCACUUCCAGAUAGAAUGGAAGUCGUGGAUGAUGGUUUACUCAGGAUUGAAGAUGGAAGAGAUGUAACCGGUAUGCAAACUGUUUUUUUAUCUAUCUUAGAAUUAGGCUUAAGAUGUUCUGAAGAAUCACCAGAUGAAAGACCAGACAUCAAGGAUGUUGUGACCAAGGUUAACAAAAUCAAAUUGGCACUACUUGGAAACAUAAGCAGGGGUGUCUAAUAAUAAAAUCUGUGUUAUUGCUCAAGUUUCCUUUCUUUUUCUUUUUCUUUUUUCUUUUUUUCUUUUUUCGAGAUGUGAUUAUGUGACAUUGGUUUGGCAUGUCCUCUAGUUUUGUAAGGUACUUACAAAUGGUGUUACUUGGGAAACCAAAAUCAGUUAAAACUAUCCCAAGUUAUUAGUAUUUGAAGUUAAUAUAUUUGGCUUUUAAUACAUGGUAUAAAGAUGAUUUACUUAAACA